CUCCACUCGCUCGCCGGUAGCUCUCGGCAGGCGUCGGGCGCAACCCGUGGCGGUCCCUGCAAGGGAAGUGUCUGCGGCCAGCGUCCUGUUUUCAGGAAUCAUCGACCUGCCGAGUUCAAAUGGACUCAGGUGUGCGCCUUGAGCCAACAGACAACAGAGUGUCACAGCGUAAAAUACUGGCGUCGAGGUGUCCGGCAGGUCAAAAGAGAAACUUCAGUCACAGAGUAUCUGACACAAAUCCGAUUUGCAGCGGGGAGCGGGUCCAUCUGCAGCUCUUAUACGCAGCAGGCUGUUCUUAAGACUGGCACCUGGGGCAGUCUCGCCGGCUCCGGGGUCGGGGCGUGACCCGGGGACUCAAGGUCACCGGCCCGAAGUCUCCCUGCCCCCACCGCCCUUCCUCCAGGACUGGCGGUCUUUGGCCCUCCCCGCCAGAGGUCAGCCCUGCCCUGGGCGGCUCCCCGCCCAUGGUGAAUUGCAGAGAAACCCCGUCUGAAAUCCAGGGUCCUGCCUCAGCUGAGGGAUGGCCUCGCCAGGGGCUGAAACAAAGAAACCUGGAAAUCACAACGACUUUGUACAGCUUUGCAAUCCCCACGUGGCUGCAAUGAAAGAAGAUGUCCUCUACCAUUUCAGCCUUAGCACCAGCACGCACGACUUCCCGACUAUGUUUGGAGACGUGAAGUUUGUGUGUGUUGGGGGAAGCCCCUCCCGGAUGAAAGCCUUCAUCAAGUACAUGGCCGUGGAGCUGGGCCUUGACCACCCGGGUGCAGAGUAUCCCGACAUCUGUGAGGGCACCGACCGCUACGCCAUGUUUAAAGUGGGCCCGGUGCUGUCGGUCAGCCACGGGAUGGGCAUCCCCUCCAUCGCCAUCAUGCUGCACGAGCUCAUCAAGCUGCUGUACCACGCCCGGUGCUCCGGCGUCACCGUCAUCCGCAUCGGCACCUCUGGCGGGAUAGGUGUGGAGCCCGGCUCCGUGGUCAUCACCCGGCAGGCGGUGGACGGCUGCUUCAAGCAGGAGUUCGAGCAAAUUGUCCUCGGGAAGCGCGUGGUCCGGAACACGCACCUGGACGAUUGGCUGGUGCAGGAGCUGGUGCGGUGCUCCGCGGACCUGGGCGAGUUCCCCACGGUCGUGGGCAACACCAUGUGUACCCUGGACUUCUAUGAAGGGCAAGGCCGCCUGGACGGGGCACUCUGCUCCUACGCGGAGAAGGACAAGCAGGAGUACCUGCGGGCGGCCUACGAGGCCGGCAUCCGCAACAUCGAGAUGGAGUCGUCCGUAUUCGCCGCCAUGUGCAACGCCUGCGGCCUCCGAGCGGCCGUGGUGUGCGUCACGCUCCUCAACCGCCUGGAAGGUGACCAGAUCAGCAGCCCCCAUGAGGUGCUGGUCGAGUACCAAAAGCGGCCCCAGCGGCUGGUGGGCCACUUCAUCAAGAAGUGCCUCGCGGCAGCCUGAGGUCCCCAAAUCUCCAGACAUGAGCGUUGGUGUUUGCAGCAAAUAAAAUCAUUGCCACAAUCUC